AUGAACGGCCUCUUCUGUAGCUUCCAUUCCAAGCAAUGCUUGUACAAGGGCUACAAGCGGCGCAAUGCCAAACUUGAUGCCCUCGUGAAGUCUCCUCCCGCUUACCUUGCUCAAAGCUCGGUUCCUCUUGUCAAUCAGACAUUCCACGAUGUGGAGUCGCUGCAUGUCCUGAAACAGCUGUAUGAGCAUCUUUCAGAAAGGUAUAGGUUGUUGAGUCGUGUAAUACUUGCCCGGAAGCUGCAUCAUGAACAUUUUUUCUCCACGACGUUCGAUUAUGGCCAUGCGCAAUACCUGGCGAAGCUCCAAAGGGAAAAGCUGACCGCUUUGCGUGCUCUGGAGCGGCUCGAACGUCGAACGGCCGAGGUCUUGUAUCAGCAGGAGAAGUGGUUUGGCUGGGUGCGACAGCGUCAGAACGAAGAGGAGGAUGAACGCGCUGCCCAAGCUGCACAAGUCAAGAAAGAAGCUGCGAUGUUCAAGCGCUAUCGAAAGGAGUUGGAGCGACGCACAAAGGAGUUGAAAAGGAAGGAAGAUCUCAAACGGCAAGAGGAGUAUCUCAAUAAGGCAUACGCCGAGCGCAUGUCCCAAGAGGACGAGGACGAAGAGUGGGAUCCAGUUGAUGAUGCAAUCGAGGACGAACGUGGCACCUACAUCGACCUCAUCAAGUUCUUCCUAAUGCUGAAAGACAGCUCGGAAGAAGACGGAACUGGAGAGGAGAAUGGGAAAAGCGGUGAGGCUACCGGAGCCGGUAGUUCGAGCGCCACGGAAGUCUCAGAUGGAUCGAAGACUGCAAAAAAGAAAGCGAAAAAGGCCAAGUUAAGCCAAGGGUCUACAGAAACUCCAACAAUGGAGCCAAACCAGCUGGGAGAGAGUAAUAUCACGAUGGAGACGAAGUCAGAGAUCGAGAAGCGCUUGAGAGAAGGUGUUGAAUACGAGAAAGGCGUCGGUCUCCUAGUUCGCGGCACAAUCGAAAAUCCUAUAGAACUGGCGCACAGGACAGCGCCUAUACCAGAGGAGGAGAUCAAAACGCUUCUCGCCGACAUCGCGGAAAUCAAGCACUUACUUUUCUGCCGUCUGCUGCUGUCCCACGCUAGCGUUCUCCCAGCCGCUCUUCGCGCAGACAGUGUGGAAGACUUCUUGAACGACAAGGAAGUCGCCGCUGCAGAUUUGAGAGACCUCUGUCUUAAGAUGGAGAAACCCGGUCUUCAGGAAGUGCGCGAUGCUUGUGCAGAUCUGAUUCGAGGCGAAGAAGAGGACGAGACAGAUCAGAAUGAUGGGCAAGUGGACAACGAGGACGAGGUUGAAGAGGCAACGAAAGCACGCAAAGAGAUGAGGCCUAGGUUUAAACGCCGCCGCGAUGCUGUUCCUGAGGUUUGGCACACGAAGCGGGAGAAAGAAAUGUUGAAACGCCGAGCGCAAAGCCGCAAGAUGCUCGGUGACGCGGGUGCAACUAUGAUUGAUUUUGGUACAACCAACGACGAAGGCGAGACCCAAACCAGAAAGAUGCGUGUCAAGGUUUGUGGAAGGUAUGUUUACAACUACCCUAGUGAAAAGUCUCUGACUCGCGGCGGUUGGCUUCAUUUCUCGAUCAUAGCAAAGGAUAGUAGCUUUUACGACGCUAUCCAGCUUUGUCGAAACUGGGACGAGUUCUUCGAGCUGAACGUGCUUGCCAUUUGGCAGUACUUCCCAGCAGCGAAAUGGCUGGUGGGCGAUCGAUUGAGAUCACAGCUUCUGCACCUGGGAUUCAUCCCCUACUUCCAGUUUGAUCAUGCAGCCAAAACAUCCGUAUGGCACCAGACGGGAUCCCGGGGCCAAGGACGACGAUCUCACGCAAUGGUCGAGGCACGGAACUUCAUGUGCGGACACAUCAAGAGAAACGAUGCCGCCAGUCGUCGAUUUAUUCAAUACCUCUCAAUGGAAACCAGUUGCGUGGUCUGCCUGGUUCGUGAUGCGGUUACUGGGAAAACCGUAGUAUCCCCUCCUGAAGAACAAUUGUGGCUGCUCCGCGAGAAGUCCGGACUCGGAAGAGCGUCCAAGAACGAGUGGAAUACCAUCAGCCAGGUCGGGCCUAAAUUUUUCGAAGAAAUGGAGCGGUACCGCAGGUGGCACUUUGACUUUAACGAGUAUUACGACGUCUACGUAUGGGACGCUGUGCCUGGCCAGAAAUUCUACAGCUUACAUAACACGAUCCAAGGGUGCCAGCUGCUCAUCAAAGCUCAUCGGUUUCAUUCAGUCCGAGAGUUCUACGAGGUUGAGGCUCCUAUCCUUAGAACUCUUGUGAGAGACAAAGACACUCAGCGGGCUCGAGAUGCCAAACCAGGCGAGCGGACCAUAUACGACUCUCUCAAUUCCGCGGACACUCACUUCAAGUCUUGGAAUGAGAAGGGCGAGGUCAUUGUCGACACUGAGGAAGACAGAGUGGCAAGAGGAACAUUCUAUAACGAGGCUGACGCAGCAGAAGACAGGGUGCUAUUUCCAGAGGAGCUCAGUGGCAGUACCAACGAGCUUUUCAAGGAAAACAUGGCCUCCAUGAAUGUCUUUGAGAAACGUGGCCCUGACUUCAAUCGCUUCGCCGCAGACCUGGACACUGACGAGGAACUUGAGAGUGAUGAUGGCGAGCACAGCGAAGGGUCGUUAUGUCCCUCAUGCCGAUGGUCUGGUGAUGAUCACGACCAUAACCAUCACGGCGAAAACAGCGAUGAGUGGGAGUCUGAGAGCGCAGAGUCAGAUGCGGAUGAUGGGUUUUUCUCUGGACCACUGGCCGAGUAUUUUGCUCAAUCCGCGGCUGCGGCAGAACGCGGAAGCCAGGCGAUUGACGUAACAAAAUAUUCCAAGGCGCCUCCAGAACUCGAUCCGGCGAACAUGGACCGGGAAUUCAUGUCUUUCAUUGAUCGGGAAAAGUCCAAAGUUUUCAAAGAAGGCUGGCACAAGGCAGACUUGGAGCCUGGCACCCAGCUCAAGUACUCUACUGCUUUGAGAAUGGUCAAGAGAGUGGCCACAUACAACCUACUCCGAGGGCGAGCUCGCAUAGAUCCAUUCUUCAAGUUUUUGAAGCAAAGCGGGGGCGUCACGGAGCACCGCCGCGUUGUUCCCGACAUGCUCAGUGCUUUUGCCGCUAUGAGCCUCUUCUUCACACCUGAGUUCCUCACAGGCGAUUCAGGCACAGGAUUCAAGGAUUCCUUGCUAGUCAAACAAGCCGAACGAGCGAAACAACUGCCCGAUCGACGGCGGUAUGACAGUAACAGGUACAUGCCGAACGAGUUCUGGAAAGACUGGGAUACCGUUCCCAAGAAGCAUCAACCGUAUCCAUUCGACUGGGACGUUGCCAUUCGGCCCCAUCAUAGCGCAUCAUCUGGCGUCAUCACCAUGUCAUACGAAGAACAGGUGCCGGGCAAAGCAAUUGCAGCCAAGGAGCCGGGCCGUGACCUAGACCUCUACGUCGACUUCCGUGAGAUGACCGAAACUGUCACUAUGCCACCGGAGCUUCAAGACCCGGCUAAGGUCACGCGGGAAGGUGUGCUGAACACCGCUCGCGGGUUCGCGCGUGCUAAUCCAAACGCCCGCUUCGCGGUCCUUCGAAUCUGGUCCGCGCCGCAUUUCUACCCGCUCAUGAUCGGAUACGAGAGACGCUGGACCGUCUCCUUUGCUGACGCAGUUGGAAGACAUUGGGAGUGGAAGUUUAUCCCCAAGGACAUGCUGUGCUCAGAGUGGAGCAUCCACCACCAGGCUCGGCUGCGUAUCCGGCCUUACCAGGCGAGCUUUGGUAAGAAAGUGAUUGUUAAACGAGACAUUUACUUCGUUAUGGGUGAGGACGAGGCGGACCUGCUGAAGCUCUCCGCGGCUGUCAUGUAUGCGGUUCAGACUGAGCCGUGGAGGCUGGAGAUUGAUCUUUGGAGGAGCUUCGUCAAUGUAGAUCUGGCGUUCUUGGAUGAACUGCACCACGCUUGGUUGGAUUAG